UGGCGAUGAGUAAAAUCGCCCAAGGGUCGGCUAGCAAGUUACAGGGAGGCCAUUUUCAUAUGAAACGCUAGCUGCUAAUCGGCUGAGGAGACGUUUCAGCCUGGUAAAGCCUGCCUGCCGUUACAAAGUUUAUCCUAUCAAUGCGUCCAUCCAAGCACCUGUAGAACCCUCCACUGUCUACCUUCCAGCAGCGUAGCAGCUGCACUGAAGACCCCUUUGUUUAAUUUACGCGACUAAUGAGGUGCAUACUGUGCACAGCCCAGAUGACCACUGGCCGAUGUAGUGCGAUACAACAUAUUGCCUGGGCUUCCAGGAAUGGCUGGGCGCGCUCCUGGCUCAGAGGUGCUCAUGUCACAUUUGAAAAUAUGGCGACCUCCCAAAGCAAAGUUCCCUUGCGCUUACAACCUCCGCACCUGAGCAACAAGGGAUCGCCUCCAUCUGAUGGCCACACAAUAGCAGGCAGAUACAGUCACGCUUUUCCUCUAUUUCGGAGAAAUCAGGAACUGCUUGCUGGGAAAGCGGUCAGAAGAAAAAACUAAACCGGCGGCAGAGGCGCGCGACACACUGGGCAUUCCAGCUUGAUUGC